AUGUUGUCUCAGAAUUUUCCUGACCUUCAGCAAUUAAAUGAUGAUGACGAUGAAAUGACACAGUCUACUGUCAGUUUAUCUGGGACCAGUUGUGAUCAAAGCUUAGCCAAACUCGCAGACGAAACUAGUGUUGAAACAGAGCCCACCAAAAAUACUGAUGAUGAUGAUGAUGGAUCUCUGUGUCCUAUUUGUUUAGACAAUUGGACUAAUUCAGGAGAUCGUCGAAUAUGUGCGUUAAAGUGUGGUCAUGUUUUCUGCUAUAAGUGUGUAUACAGAUGGUUGGAUACUCAACAACAAAAGUCAUGUCCCACUUGUAAGAAACCUGCCAGCAAAUCAGAAAUAAGACUAAUAUACGCUAAGAAACUCAUUGCAAUUGAUAAUUCUGAACUAGAAAUAAUGAAAGAACGAUUAUAUGUAACAACAGAAGAAAAAAAUAGACUUCAAGUAGAUUUAGCCAACUACGUAACUCGUGAAGGAAUUUUAAAACAGGAAAUAAGUAGCUUAAGAACACAAAUUGUUGAAUUAAGUAAAAAUCGAGUACAAGGUUGCUCGGACAGUAUGUACAACAAAAAAUAUGAUCCGGAAAAACGGCCCAUUAAACUGUAUACCGAAAAAUCUUUGGAAAUUUGCCGACACAGCGGAUGUAGAGUUUUUGACACCAAUACUCAAAUAGAUUUAAUAAUAGCGUCGUCUAAGUCCCCGAUCGACUUAUUUUCAGGUUUUGGUAUUAAGAAAGUUGACAUGUCAACGUACAAACCACUUGCUUUCAUUCCUCUUCAUAGCCAACAAAUUAGAGAUGUACGUUUUCAUCCAGUCAAUCGUUCGGUAUUAACGGCGUCCAUGGAUAAGAGUUUUAGAAUUGUAGAUAUUCACAGCAAUAUAGUAAUUUCCUCAUCGACGCUAAAUAUGCCCUUGUGGUCGACGUGUUGGGAUACUAAGGACCCAAAUAUGUUUUAUAUAGGCACACAAACAGGAAGUGUACUUAAGUAUGACAUUCGUAAUAUUCAAGAACCUGUAUGUACCCUCUCAGUUCCUGGCGAUAUGUCACCUGUGGUGUCAAUAGCGUCGAUUCCUCCAACAUCCGAAGAGCGUUUUCCGUGUGGAGCUCUUAUCCUCUGUAAACUUAAUUCUUUGUGGCUGUUUGAAGACUGUAGAAAUGACUAUAAAAGAGACGCUCUACCUCUAAGUGGACCAUUUAUUAGUAUGAAAUAUAAUAGCUCGCUUAAACAACUCCUCGUUUCUUCUAGACCAAAUAACGUAGUUUCUCACACUAGACAUUCCGUAUUUACCCUCAAUAAAACAAGUGAGGGGGAAGUAGUUUGUAAUACGACACACACGUUUGUAGGCGGAAGAAUGCAAAUGUUGUUAUCUAAAUCCUGUUUUAUUUCAAAUCAGCAAGACUAUGUUGCAGCUUAUGAGGAAUCCCUGAAAUGUGUAGUCUUGUGGAGCAUAAAUACAGGCGAGAGAGUUGCAGUCGUACCAACAAAUGAUGCGGUAUUAGAUUUAAAUGGUAUUUGCUACAAUAACGAGAACUAUUUGGUAUCUUUGACGCAGCGCAAAAUGGAUUUUUUAAAGUUUGUCUAG